AAAUAAACAUUUGUUUUGGCAGCUGACCUCUUGAACUCUAUUCAAAAUUUUUUCUCUUUUGACUAAUAUGGAAAAUUCCCAAUUGCAAAAUUACAACAAUUAAAUGAAAUAAACUUCAUAAAGACACGCUAAGUGAUGCACAAAAACCAGGUCGCAUACAUAGGAUUGAACAAUUUAUUUGGAAGAGUCGUCACAUCCUUGUUGAAACAAUCUCCUAAUAUAAAUAAUCUUGUACUUUACGACGACAAAAAUGGAGGAGCAUCAAAAGUCACGAACGGUGCGCAGCAAUUAUGUAAAGUUACAACUGUUGUCGGGAGGGAAAAGCUUCCGAUGGCGCUUUCGAAAGCAGACAUUGUGGUUAUUGGCGAUGAAUUGUUUCAAAAGCCCUCUUCUGAAACCCUGACAGUUAUUGGACAGAAAGCCGCGGAGUAUGCUAAAUUAAUUGCUGUUUUUUCUCCCGAUGCAAUCCUUGUUGUCGCUGCAUCACCGUUAAAUUUUGUCCUUCCAAUAAUCGCCAGAGUCCUGGACGCCGCUGGAUGUUUUAACCCAAAUAGACUUCUUGGAGCCACAUCAUGUGAUACCCUCAGAGCGAGCACUUUACUUUCUUCGAGACUACGUUUAGGUCCACAGAAAACAAUUCUCCCAGUCAUCGGAGGUGCGACGGCUACAACGAGAAUCCCACUUUUUUCUCAAGCCAAUUCACCUGUUGAAAUUGAUAAGGAAACCAAGCUGGACGUAAUAGAGAAAAUGAAGUUUUUUGAUGGAUCAAAUUAUAGUGAAGCUGAUGUUAUAGAAAGAGCAUACGCUUCAGUCAGAUUUACUCAUUCAGUCUUGGCAGCUCGCAAAGGGGAUAAGCCGAUCCCUGAGAUCGCUUUUACUCAGAAUAAUGAAAUCCCGGAUGUGGAAUAUUUCUCAAUGCCACUUCUCAUCGGUAAAGAUGGAGUCGAAAAGAUCAUGAAGCUGCCAAAGCUUUCCGAAUUCGAAGAUGGCAUGCUGAACAUGGCUGUCGACUGUUUGAACGCCGACUUGGAAAAAUCCAAGGAAAUUUUUGAGCAACUUAAACAAAAAACUGAAGUCAGGUCUGGUUACAUCCAAGAGCGUGUUAAAACCGAAGGGACUAAGACUGAAGAAUUAGAUGUGAAAACUAAAAAACAUAUGGACUCACUUAAAGAGAAGGAAGAAUGUUUUAGCAAAAGUGGCCAGUGGUCGAAAGAAGAAGACGUUUCUUAUAUGGACCUUGAAGGUGCUUUUAUGGAGGAUGAAUUGACAACAAAAAAAGAUGGCAAUGUUGGAGGAAUUUCCAAAAAUGCAUUUAUUGUGAAAGAAGUUAAUAACGUCACUACAACACUUGUAUACCCUGACCGCAGGAAUAUAACAAAAAUAAGAGCUGAUAGUCAGGACGUGGUUGUUUCUAACGACAUUGAAAAAACUGAUCCUAUGCAAAACUUGCCCUCAAGUCCUUCUGAAAUGCUAAGUAAAAAUAUAUCCCCUCUGAAGAGCGUAAGUUUAAAAACUGGGGACAAAGGAUCAAACAUGCACGGUAUAUUAAAUAGUCCAAAUAAGUUGAAACUGGGUAGUUCAGAAGUUUUAUCUCAUGAAAAAGAAAAUAAACCACUUUUGCCAUCAAAUUCAGGUGUGGACCACCUUCCCAGGCCUAGUACUGCUAAUGAUGAUGACAAUUUUUCAUUUUUUGAAAAAUCAAUUGACAGAUUAUUGAAAACUGAAAAUAAACCAAAAUCUCCAAUAAAAGAAAACAAAAAGCCAAAGAAUAUUUAUCGAAACAAGAGAAUAAUUCCCAACUACUUUAAAAGAAGAUCAGAAAUGGACAAUCAUUUUCCCAAGUUCAGAAAGGCGAUAGAAAUAAAAAUUAAGAGCAUAGACAAAAAACCAUAUCCAUUCACUUUAGAUAACAUCUCUGAAGCUAGGCAUAAAACAAGAAGUUAUGUUUUCACAAGUGACAAAAAUCCCAAAGCCUAUGGAAUUGAUGUGCCAGUUGGUUUUUCGAAAUUUUUAAAAUCAAGUGAACAACCUAAAGAUUCUGCUCACGAUGAAAAAAAGGAAACAAAGCCUUCAGAUUUGUCGGUUAGUAAAACAGAAUCUCUUAAAACUGUAAACACUAAAGUGAACACAGAGUCAGAAAAGUUGGACGAAAAAGAUCGACUUCUUGAUUCAUUUGAUAAAACACUGAGUCAAGAAAAAAGUGAAAGCAGUACAAUAAAUACUCCCAAAUUAAGCAUUACAAAUAACGUAGAGAGUUUUUCUAAAUCUGAAAAUUUAACUAAUAAGAUAGAAAUCACUGAAAACAAUCAUCAAUUAUCAUCACAACUGCCUACAACUAUGAGAAAAAAUUCUCCUCUUAAAUUUAAUACACCAACUGACAAAAGUACAGCAAGUGGUUGUAAGUCAGAUAAUCUGCCUGAAUCAGAAAAAUUAUCCUCAAAAAAAAUAGUAGAGUCCUUGCUUGAAGUCACAAAGCCUGAAAAGCUUUUACAACCUACAACUACCAUAAAAUCUGAUGUUUCCAAAACUACAGCAAAUGCAGCUGAGGUAAAAGUGAUGGAGAAAGCACACACCAGUUUACAUGAGCAUACUUCCAAAAAUAUAAAUUUGUCUUUUAAUCCCAUUGUUCAAGAGGGAAAACAUUAUCAGGAAGUAAAAUCUUUAGAACCAAAAUGGAAAACAGACGAACCUAUUAAAAUAAAAGAAAAACUUUUAGAAAUUUUCACUCAAGAAUUGGAUCAACGUUCCAGCAUAAAUUUGAAUACCAAAUUCCAACUUGAUACCAAUGCAAUAGAUAAAAAAUUUCAAAUACACAGCAGUGUGGGUAUAAACGAAAAGUCAAUCGUUGCACUUGACAAAAAUCAAAAUAUAGAAAUUGCUGAAAAAUUGAGUCAAGAUUUAACAAUCAAAAACCAACAUAUUGCAUAUAAUAAAAUUAAGAUAAUUGCCGAUAAAUCAGAAUGCAGUUUGAUUAAAAGUGAUGAAAUAAAAAAUGAAACUAAUAAACGCCCCAAAACUCAGCAAAGUGAAUUGCAAAAUAAAAUAAUGAUAGAGGCAAACCCGACAAAACCUGUAGAAAGGACUACCUUGGAUGUAGCAAAUGUAGAAAUUGUAUUAGGUGUACCCCAUAAAAGUUUGACAACAGAAGUCUCUCAAGUUUAUGACACAAUAAAGGUUGAAGGUGAAAUAAACAUCAACCCUCUAGGUACUUGGUACGAGAAUGAUAAAAAUGCAUUUAACGAUCAACCUUCAUACUUUGAAAAAAGGUUAGCAACUAAUACAACUGACAUCACCGGGAAAAAAUCAAAAACUCAAAUGCGCCCUUCAGAAGAUAGAAUGUUAAAAACGAUUCAAAUAAAAAACAGAAGAACCUCACCCAACAAAGAAAAAUUAACAACCUCUGAAAAUAAAAAACAUUUGACUGACUUUUCAAAUCAUGUAGCUAAAUUACUAGCUAAUGCAGAAAACACUGCCCAGCAAAUCACUCCACCUUCUAAUUCACAACGAUUCCCUCUAACUAAGAAAAGAGAAGAGAUAACCACUCUUCCAAUACAAGGAUACAAACAAGGAAGUACGCAUCAGCCAGCACAAUUAGAGGCCAAAAAACCACAACCCAACACUGCACUAAGUACAAGCAGUUAUGAUAAACAAACUGCCAGCAGUUAUGAUAAACAACGUACAAACAGUUAUGAUAAACAAAAUAUUUGCAGAUAUGAUAAACAAAGUGACAGCAGUUGUGAUAAACAAAGUUCAAACAAUUAUGAUAAACAAAGUACCAGCAGUUAUGAUAAACAAAGUACCAGCAGUUGUGAUAAACAAAGUGACAGCAGUUAUGAUAAACAAAGUUCAAACAUUUAUGAUAAACAAAAUACUAGCAGUUAUGAUAAACAAAGUACCAGCAGUUAUGAUAAACAAAGUACCAGCAGUUGUGAUAAACCAAGUGACAGCAGUUAUGAUAAACAAAGUUCAAACAUUUAUGAUAAACAAAGUACCAGCAGUUAUGAUGAACAAAAUUAUGAUAAACAAAGUACCAGCAGUUAUGAUAAACAAAGUGCAAACAUUUAUGACAAAGAAAGUACAAACAGUUGUGAUAAACAAAAUGCAAGCAUUUUUGAUAAUCAAAGCAUUAGAAAUAAAAUUGAAGCCCAAAAUUUAGAUAUGCCCAUUGGCAAACCUAAAAAUACAGUUAAAUCUGAAAUUAGUCACAGUUCAUUAGAAAUGGGAAUGGAUGAAAUUGAUGAGAGUGUAAAUGUGCCACCUGAUGAGAACAGUCAAGAAGACACUCAAAAAAAUAUUCCCAAACGAACUAUUUCAGAUAGUAGAAAACGAAGAAGGAUAAAUUAUCCCAGUGACAAUGAACAAAAGAAUUCCUUUGUAAAACGGGAAGAGAAACAGAAAUUCCUUCAGUCAAAAAAUAAGGAAAUUCUCAAUAGAUUAAAAGCCUGUCACAAAAAGAAAAGGAAUGCAUGUAAAGUACAAACAUCUUCUAUUCAAGAAAAAGCUAGUGCGGACUCAGUAAAACCAUAUGGAUUUUCUCUACCAGUGCAAACAAAUUUAAAACAGAAAUGGGUAUCAGAAAAAGUGUCACAGCCCAAUAAAACUGCAAACAAAGUAUUACAAAGCAAUAAGACAGCACUUCAAAAGAAGACAAUUGUUUUUAUAAAUGAUGCAGUCUCACCACCAGUAGUGAAAGUGAUAAAUGAUCAGAAACUUGUUCAAAAAGUCCACACUAAAACUAAGCUUGAUCCACAAACAAAGGUUUCAACUCAAACCACUCAUGGGAAAACUGAGAGUGUAUUAUCCGCCAAGAACAAUGAAGACGAAACUAUUCAAAUAAACAUGGAAAAGGAUGCAAACAAAGACAAAGCACAGAAUCUGGAGAUUUGUCCAGUUGGAACUGGCACACCGUUUCCUGACUGGACCAAAAUCAAUGAAGAUUUGAUUCCAUACAGCUCUGAAUUCCCUAGCAUAGUAAAUUUGUUAAAGAAAAAUUUUGAAGAAAUGAAUUCAGCCAAAGAUCUGGAGUUAUACAUAAAAGAGAAAGCAGAAAAUCCAGAUAUACCAAAACUGCACCAAGCAGCACACUGCUUGCUUUGGAUAAUAAAAGUUUUGGCCCCAAAGCUUCCUUAA